GUCUUCUAUCCAUAUGGAUAGAAAAAUAUGAGAAUUUAAUCUUUAAAAACAGGAUAUUUGUUUUGGAGGAGGAUGCGUGUAUUGUAGUAGUUACGGUAGUAUCUGCGAGGCAGCUGUGUUCACGGCCUUCCCACAACACAAGGCGGCAUCGUCUCAUGGUUCAUUCAAGCCAACCAUACGCAACGUUUGACGGGCUCUUGCGACGAACUCUCACUCCGAGCCGGUGGACUCACGCUUACUUUCCGAACAUCGGCACCAGCUAGCUUGUCAUGUCGGACGUCAGCGAGGUUUUGAUGUCGGUUUUGUCCACAAUUCGGGUGCCAAAGCCCGGGGACCGCGUCCACAAAGAUGAAUGCGCCUUGUCAUUUUCCUCUCCGGAAAGCGAGGGAGGCCUAUACGUGUGUAUGAACAGCUUCCUGGGAUUCGGAAGUCAGUAUGUGGACAAGCACCACUCUCGGACUGGCCAGAGGGCUUACUUGCACAUCACAAGGACUCAUAAGACCACCAAGAAAGAAGAUGAAAAUAAUUCUGGAUCCGGACACCCGCCCAAGAAGAAGCCCACCAGAUUGGCAAUAGGGAUCGAAGGUGGGUUCGAUGUGGAGCAGGAGCACUACGAGGAGGACUACAAGGUUGUCAUCUUUCCCGAAAGACAGGAAGUCACAUUGGAGGAACUUGGAGCCAUGCCCGAUGUUGUUAAAGAGCGGGUAUCCCUGUCAAUGACGGGCAUCAUCGCCGCUGACUCCGUGUCUCACACCUUGCAAGUGCAACAGUGGGACGGCGAGGUGAGACAGGAGUCGCGAUACGCCGCCGACCUCAAGCAGCUUGACAACGGAGUCAAGAUCCCACCCAGUGGCUGGCGCUGCGAAGUGUGCGGCCUCCAGGAGAAUCUCUGGAUGAACCUGACGGACGGCAAGAUUCUCUGCGGUCGCAGAUACUACGACGGCUCGGGGGGAAACAACCACGCCCUGCUCUACUUCCAGGAGACAGGAUACCCGCUGGCCGUCAAACUGGGGACCAUCACCCCGGACGGAGCUGAUGUUUAUUCUUAUGACGAGGACGACAUGGUGCUGGACUCCAAGUUACCGGAGCACCUUUCCCACUUUGGCAUCAACAUGAUGACCAUGGAGAAGACUGAGCGGACCAUGACGGAGCUGGAGAUUGCCGUGAACCAGCGCGUCGGGGAGUGGGAGGUGAUCCAAGAGUCCGGCACCGCCCUGCGUCCGCUGUACGGGCCCGGCCUGACCGGCAUGAAGAACCUGGGCAACAGCUGCUACCUCAACUCCGUCAUGCAAGUGCUCUUCACCGUUCCGGACUUCCACAACAAGUACGUGUCCAACAUCGACAAGAUAAUAGACGAGGCCCCGAGUGACCCCACCCAAGACUUCAAAACCCAAGUAGCCAAACUGGGCUACAGCCUGUUGUCGGGAGACUAUUCCAAACCGGCGCCGGAGCUCGGGGGAGAAAAUGGUGCAGCCGAGCCCAAGGACUACCAAAUUGGCAUAGCGCCGAGAAUGUUUAAAGCACUCGUUGGCCGGAACCACCCGGAGUUCUCCACCAAUCGACAGCAGGAUGCUCAGGAGUUUUUAUUGCACUUCAUAAACAUGGUGGAGAGAAAUUGCCGCUUGGGGCCCAACCCGUCCGAAGCCUUCAGGUUCCUGGUGGAGGAGAGGAUUGUGUGUCAGCAGUCCCAAAAGGCCAAGUACACGCAGCGGGUGGAUUACAUCAUCCAGCUGCCCGUGCCCAUGGAGCAGGCCAGUAACAUUGACGAGCUGCAGGAGGCAGAGCGCCAGCGCGAGAACGGUGACUCAACGGUCAUGCCCGUGCGAGCGCAAAUCCCCUUUGCGGUUUGCUUGGCGGCCCUCAGCGAGCCCGAAUUGCUCACCGACUUCUGGAGCUCCGCCGUGCAGGCCAAGACCACCGCCACCAAAACAACCCGAUUCGCCUCAUUCCCCGACCACCUGAUUAUUCAGAUUAAGAAGUUCACGUUUGGCCUUGACUGGGUCCCCAAGAAACUGGACGUGAGCAUCGAGGUGCCCGACACACUGGACCUGAGCAUGCUGCGCGCCACGGGGCAGCGGCGGGGGGAGGAGCUCUUACCCGAGGUGGCCCCGCCCCCACUCAUGACCCCUGAUGCGGAGGUUAAAGGUAUCCUGGGCUCCCAUGGCAACGAGGAGGACGACUCUCUCUACUCCCCACUGCUGUCGCCGGUCCUUGACGACUCCACCGUGUCACAGCUCUGCGACAUGGGAUUCCCUCUGGAGGCGUGCCGCAAAGCAGUCUACUACACCGGCAACACCGGCAUUGACUCAGCCAUGAACUGGGUGAUGGGCCACAUGGACGAUCCAGACUUCUCCGCCCCCUUGGUCCUGCCGGGCUGCAGCGGCGGCACCACGCCGACGAUGGAGAGCGUCUCUGAGGAGCACCUGGCAACCAUCGUCUCCAUGGGCUUCAGCCGAGAGCAAGCCACCAAAGCGCUUCGAGCGACGAGCAAUACUCUGGAGCGGGCCGUGGACUGGAUCUUCUCGCACCUGGACGACCUGGAGUCGAUGGAGGUUUCUGAAGGAGGACGCUCGGCCGGCGAGAGCGAGGCUUCUCGGGAGCCUCCGCCAGGGCCUUGCGUCAGAGAUGGACCAGGCAAAUACGAACUGUUUGCCUUCAUCAGCCACAUGGGCACGAGCACAAUGUGCGGCCAUUACGUCUGUCAUAUCAAGAAGGAUCAGCAGUGGGUCAUCUUCAACGACCAGAAGGUGUGUGCCUCCGAGAAACCUCCCAAGGACCUGGGUUACCUCUACUUCUACCGGCGGAUGGCCGAAUGAGACCGUGGGGGGGGGGGGGGGGGGUUUGUGGCAACAAUUUUGUGGGAGGGAAAGUGGCGAGUAUGGACACACGCACAGCUUUCGUGGCGCACAUACUUCCCUACAGUGUCUUUGAAAGACCUUGGCACACAUCAUAACUGUACAUACUUUCUGAUGACUUGGCUGAGUUUUUUUUUUUAAUCCAAAUUUUCUAAGUAAACCCGCCAUGAGACAAACUCUCACUUAAUAUCCAAGGCCUCCUUCAGCCUCUAAAAUGGUGUGCCCAUAGUUGGUUUUCAACGCAUGUCUUCCUCCUUUGAAAAGCAGCGUCCACGUCCUUGUGCUUGUUCAACAUCAUUUCAGCCAGGUCGGCCUUCACCUCAUUCAUUCAUACAGAGCGAGCGAUAGCGACAACACGUUGGCUCCAAUGUGUGCUACGAAAGAAAAUAAAAACACCAAAUCAACUUUCA